AUGAUGGGCCGCAAGUUUGAGAACAACAAGCUCAAGAUGGCCAAGACGGCGCUGGCCUACGCCAAGAAGGCGUCCUACAUCGGCAAGAAGGUGGUGGUCGCCGUCAAGGCGGGCGGCGACGACCCGAGCAUCAACCGCCAACUAGCCGCUGUCAUGGCAGAGGCGAACGCGCUCAACGUGCCCAAGGACGUGGUCACGAAGAACAUCAAGCGGGCGAUGGACACCGACACGGCCAACUACGACGAGCUGACCUACGAGGCGUACGGGCACGGCGGCGUCGGGCUCGUGAUCAACUGCCUGUCAGACAACAAGAACAGAGCAGUGUCGGAGGUCAACAUGGUGAUCAACAAGAACGGGUGCAAGGUGGCGUCGCAAGGGUCGGUGCUCUUCAACUUCUCUCCGAAGGGGCGGCUCGUCGUCGCCAAGCCGCUCGACGAGGACUCGCUGCUCGACAUUGCCAUCGAGGCGGGCUGCGACGGAGACGUGCUGCUCGAGCCGCCCGACGCCGAGGCGGACGGCGAGGCCGCGCGCGCGGUCGUGCUCACCGAGGCAGCCGAGCUCGGCGCGGUGCAGGGUGCGCUGCAGGGCGCGGGGUACGACUGCUCGGGCAAGCUCGUCAACGUGCCGCUCGCGCCGCAGGAGGUGAGCGCCGAGGACGAGGAGGCCAACUUUGGCGUGAUCGACAAGCUCGAGGAGCUCGACGAUGUCGAUUCGGUGGAGCACAACAUGGCGCUCACAUAG